UCUAAUUUAUAGAUUUUGCAAAAGUAAAAGUACAAGUAUUAAUUGUAAAAUGAUAAAAUUAUCAAUAUACGUAUGUGUCGUGUACUGUGUGGGUGGACGUGUAAAGUGGGGAUAAGUACGCAAAUAUAUUUGUGAAAUGGAAAUGUACAUAAUGACUGGUAUUAAUACCAGAUUAAAAAUAUUACGUAUGCCGUAUUUGUUGGAGUCGCAACAACAGCGAGAUUAUAAAAACAUAUUUAAACGGGACAAAUUUUAGACUAUCGACUAACAAUUAUAAAUGUAAGUUGUGUUAUAAUAACGGUACUAGUAUAAUAAUUAUUCCAGUAAAAACUGGAAGUAAUUUGUAGAGGAGAUAUCGAACAUUAUCACUGGCAGGACACACACGACCAAAAUUCCUCGCAAAUUGCUGCACGUGUCAUCGCCGGCGCAUAAAUCUGCCACUGGAUCCUCCGAGGCGUUCGAGCCGGGAACACGAUUGAAUUGUAAUUAAUAUUCGGACGAAUUCGUGCAACAGAUUGUCAGCAUGACGGAAAUUGCCUUCGAUGACGAAAGAAAGAAUUCAACAGCGGAGCAACAGGUUUGGAUUGUAAUAACGAGAACAAGUAUCAUAAUCGAAGAUUACUGUUUAUCGAAGAAAACUUCCUGCUUAUAAACGAGGUGUACGAGUUUUCCGAGGACGAAUACGGUUGAAUAUUUAUGCAUUGAAAUUAAUUUUUAAUAAGAUAUAUGAUGCUGUCGACUCAUACUUUAAUUCGAUUUUAACGACAGACUACACAGUUGCCAACAGAAAUUAACUGUCCUAUAUACUUGUACAUAUAGCAAACUGUUACGUGUUGUGUAUCGUAGAGCCAGUGAUCUCAAAUUUUGUGUAGCAAUUAGUAAAUUGCAGCAGUGUUCACAUGCCGAUAACACAAAUUGAAAUUCACAGUAAUUAGCUUGCGUGCAUUUUCACGUCGUCUAAGGUACAUUUGAUGAAAAGUUUGUUGACUCCGCGAUCUGAUAGGUAGGACCCUCCUAGAAGAAAGCCUUGACAAGACAAUAGCGAUGUUAUUCGCGGCACGGCGUUUUUUAUUGUCACAUGAAACAAAUAACUCAGAGGCAGCGGUGGCAAUUGGAGCAUUUAACUUCUAAUGGGUUAUCAUCUCGUGCCCCUACCUCCUAGCGACUUUCUGACUGUCUCAAUCAACACGAGGAUUGGAGGGAGAGCCAGCAAACGUCCAAAACGAUUGGCCAGUUCGUUGGCGGUCGGAUUUUUUUCAAGGAGGCCGAGUUUCCGUAUAAAACAGCAGCAACUCUGCUCGCAGCCGUUACUAGUUUCUUUAUACGAGCGAUACACGGAACGUUGUACGAGUUCAUUCACGGAUCUCUCCUCUCUUUUGUGCUUCUUGUACUUUGUCUGUUUGAAGGUGCUACGUUUAGAAUCUGUUACAUCAGACAUGCCUUUUGCGGACUUUGAUGGUGUCAAUGGGCAUAAUCAUUACCAGUCGCUGAAACGUCCCGCGGAUAACGAGUUCGUACACACGAAUGUCAAACAUGUGCAUCAGAACGCGUACUCGUUCGAGGCGUUGCAAGAAUCAGCACAAUAUCUCCUGGAUCGCGUCAAGAUAAGGCCAAAGAUUGGGAUAAUAUGUGGUUCCGGAAUGGGAGCAAAUGAGCAAAACGAGUUGUGUCCAGGUUCACUGGCGGAAUCCCUCGAGGACAAGCAGUGCUUCCCUUACGCCGAAAUCCCACAUUUCCCUGUCUCCACUGUCAAGGGUCACACGGGUCAGAUGGUGUUCGGUUAUCUGCAAGGUGUACCGGUCAUGUGCAUGCAAGGAAGGUUUCAUUAUUACGAGGGUUAUCCGUUGUGGAAGUGCGCAAUGCCGGUCAGAGUUAUGAAGCUGGUCGGGGUGACCCAUCUGAUCGCGACAAAUGCAGCAGGGGGACUAAAUCCCACGUACAAAGUUGGCGACAUUAUGAUGGUGAAGGAUCACGUGAACAUGAUGGGUUUUGCGGGGAAUAACCCUCUUCAAGGACCGAACGACGACAGAUUUGGACCCAGGUUUCCGCCUAUGAACAAAGCAUACGACCUGAAACUGUUAGAAUUAGGUCAGGAAGUGGCCGAGGAGAUGGGGAUCAGCGACAUCGUGCAUAGAGGCGUGUACACGUGUCUGGGUGGUCCGAAUUUCGAAACAGUAGCGGAAUUAAAAAUGUUGAGGAUGGUCGGAGUCGACGCAGUAGGGAUGUCCACAGUCCACGAGGUUAUCACUGCCAGACACUGUGACCUGACCGUUUUCGCGUUUAGCUUGAUCACGAAUCAGUGCGUCACGGAUUACGAGAAUCACCUGGAAGCGAAUCACGAGGAGGUGAUGGACGUGGGCAAAGCGAGACAAUCGUUGCUACAGGACUACGUGGCGCGCAUGGUGUUACGUCUGCGCGACAUGCUAAAAUUAGAGACGAAAUGAUUCCUGUAAUACUUCAUGCGUUCUUGAGAUUAUUCGUAUCGCACCUGCUCCUCGAUGGACGAGCGGUGUCAACGAUUUGCCAUGAACAAUAGCACGUGCAAUGUACAAUUAAAUGUCGAAAAUCUGUGCCAUUUUUAAAUAACUAUUGUAUGAUGUUCCCACCGUUACUACUUAACUUAUGGAGAUGUCUAUUUUUAAUGUAUAAUACACUUUAAUAGUACUACGAUUCAUAACGUUCUUUGGACGUCAGAAAAUAUUGUUCAGCAAACAAUUGUACAUUGCAUAGAAAUCUAGAGGUAUAAGGGAAACUUAUAGGAGUAAGCGUUAAGUAGUUAUAACUUAUGAAUCACCAUGGCGAAGGUCGUGUUUAACAUAAGAACAUAAAUGUAUUUUAUCAUUCUUGAGCUUUUAUCAUAUUUGCUUCCAAAAGUCUUUUGGAGGUGAAAGGUGACUUAGAGUUUCGUAUCGAAUCAUGCAAAUAAUUUUGUAUGUUAUAGUUUCAAUUUAUAUUUAUAUUAUAGUAUAUUCAGUUAUGCAGAAUCGUUGAAGUUUCAUAAAAUUUAGAUCCAAUUUACAAAAUUAAAAUUGGGAGAAUCAGUAUUCGAGAGUAUUUCUAGAAAAUAAAGUCGCAAAAAAGAAUUGGUCAGAGAAUGCAAUCUUAGUUUUACGAUUAAACACGAAACCGUAGAAAUUGUAAGAUGGAAAAUCGCGAACGCGUUGGUGCGCGAGUUUCCGGUCUCAAUUGAUUCGUUACGUGUCUUGAGGGACCUCCUUGGCUUUAAGAAGAGGAACGGUUUAAGGGUGGAGACGUUGGUCGAUGCCUCCUCCCCUCUUCAACACCCUCGUCGAUUUUCCUCCCUCGCUUCGUUACCUUCAUCUCGUUCCCGUGCUCUUCCAUCGCUAAUGCAUCGGUGUUCAGCUUCGAUAAAUCUCGAGCGACGAACACCAUACUGUAGCCAGAACCUUCAGCCCCCUUUUCGUUAUCCUCCGCAGUUGCUUCUUUCGUAUUACGAUCUCCGAUAAAAUUAUGAUGUGACAUCGAGGAAAAAAAUGUUCGCUCUACGGAGAUCCGUCUACGAUGAUCUCGAGAAUUGGAACGUGUUUGGCGUUCGACGACGAACCGCCAUUUUAUCGGCGGGAAGACGUCGUUAGGAUAAAGGCGCCUUUCACGGGCCGCUGUUUGUUCUUUUGCGACCGCUCUUCGUCAUGGAAUUUUUGUAAAAUCUGUCGUAAUUUUAUAAGAUACGUGAUCAUUAACGUAACUAGGAAUUUAGAAUAAACAGGAGCUUGUAAGUUUAUUAAUAAUUUCAACCCUCUGCUUCUGGAUGCUCUGCGCCUAGUCAGGUUAAUGCUCAUGAUCAUAGUUUAUAAGUUUCUGAAAACUCGUUCGAAUAUUAUAGCAAACAAUAGUAUUUUGUACAUUGUGAAAAAUAUUAAUAACACUAUCGUUUAGAACUUUGGGUUUUGUAAAGAUUCGAUAAACAUCAAUGAUUAAAAUUGCUAUUUAUAUUAAAAUUCACUGUUCAGUUCCUCACCGUAUAUUAAUUAAUAUAUGCACAUAUGUACCUAUACGAAUCGAAUAAACUUGCAAACUCUCGUUCAAUUUCGAUCAUCUAUUUGCACGAAAUAUUCGACGCUAUCGCGGCGUUCUAUCUCGAAUGGUAAUUGUAUGCUUCGAAGCAAAACGAGAAAAUCGAAGGUACUCUGCGAGAUCGCUUCUUUGUUAUUUGUCUGCUUUUGUACCAGUUUCUUUGACAAAUACAUCGAGUAUACGAAA